UCCUACUGUAGCCACCUGCUCGUUCAGAAAGCUGCUUCAGGCUAUACAUACGUGCUCGAUCAUAUCAUGGGCAGCAAGUCGGCCAUGGAGGGUCUUGUGCUGUUCCUAGUUGCGACAUCCGUGCAAGUGCUAGUCGUCGCCGGCCGCCGGCCGCCGGCGCUGUACGUGUUCGGGGACUCGAUCCUGGACGUCGGGAACAACAACUACCUGCCGGGGGAGGACGUCCCCAGGGCCAACAGGCCCUACUACGGCGUCGACUUCCCCGGCAUGAUUCCCACCGGGAGGUUCAGCAAUGGCUGCAACACCGCUGACUACGUUGCAAAGAGCAUGGGGUUCGUGAGUAGCCCUCCGCCUUAUCUGUCGCUGGCACCGAGCUCCAGCCUUGUGGGCCUCACCGCCCUCACCGCCGGCGUCAGCUACGCUUCCGCUGACGCUGGCAUCCUCGACUCCACCAACGCCGGCAAGUGCAUCCCGUUGUCAAGGCAGGUGGAGUACUUCAACGCCACCAGGGCUACGAUGGUCGCCGCGGUGGGCUACGGCGCGGUGAACGCCCUGCUGUUCAAGUCCAUCUUCCUCCUCGGCGUCGGCAGCAACGACCUGUUCGUGUUCGCGGCCGCGCAGCAGUCGCGGAACAGGACGGCCGCGGAGCAGCAGAGCGACGCUGCCGCGCUCUUCGCCGACCUCCUCUCCAACUACUCGGCCACCAUCACGGAGCUGCACGCGAUGGGCGCGAGGAAGUUCGCCAUCACCAACCUGGGGCUCCUCGGGUGCGUGCCGGCGCUGCGGGCGCUCGACCCGGCGGGCGCGUGCGUCGACGGCCUGAACCUGCUCGCCGCCGGCUUCGACGGCGCGCUCCGGUCGCUGCUCGCCGGCCUCGCCCCCCGGCUGCCGGGCCUCGUCUACUCCCUCGCCGACUCCUUCGGCCUCACGCAGGACACCUUCGCGGACCCGCAGGCGUCGGGGUACACCGACAUCGCCGGCGCGUGCUGCGGCAGCGGGCGGCUGCUCGCCGAGGGGAACUGCCUGCCCAACUCCACGGUCUGCUCCAACCGCGACCAGCACGUCUUCUGGGAUCGCUUCCACCCUUCCCAGCGGGCCUCUCUUCUCACGGCCCAGGCAUUCUACGACGGGCCGGCCCAGUACACCACGCCAAUCAACUUCAUGCAGCUGGCCCAGUCCAGUUAAUACAUGACAUGUAAUCUUUGUCUAAUAUAAGAAAAACAGACACAUCAUGUAAUCAAGUAUAAAAUGAACAAUCCUAUUUCAGACAGGAAAAAAAACUGCAAGCAGAUCAAGCUUGCUGUCUGAAACGUCACUGUAAAGCUAGCUAGCUGAUUGGAGGCAGUAGCAAGUCAAU